AUGGUCAAACCAAUUCUUGUCAACGCAAUGAGCUCUGAAGCAAACCUAGAUUCUUCUAACUCUAUUAAAUCAGAACCUCAUGCUGCCAAGUCUCAUUCGUCAAAAAUUACUACCAACCAAUUGGAGUAUAUUAAGAAGGAGGUGGUUGGACGACUAUUCAAGGAGAAAAUUGUGUGGCCGUUCACUAAGCCGGUUGAUCAUCAGCGACUAAACCUACCAGAUUAUCCUAAAAUAAUAAAACAUCCUAUGGACCUUGGCACAAUAAAACAGCGAUUGAAUCUGAAAUUUUAUCACUCUUCUUCGGAAUGUCUCGAUGAUCUUUUUACCAUGUUCAGAAACUGUUAUAUAUUCAACAAACCGGGUGAUGAUGUGGUUGCAAUGGCGAUGAAACUUGAGCAGAUCGCUAGAGAACGUCUUAAGUUUAUGCCAACUCCUGAAACUGAGAUUUUUCCACAAAAAACCCCAAAAUCUACUCGCCCUCUUACUGUUCCUAUGCAAGUUCACCCGUCCGUUGAACCAAUCCAUUCAGUUGCUUCAACUAAUCAUACAGAAGGACUUAAUGGUUCAGCUGUAUCUUUAGAUCAGACCACGUUACCUUUCAGACCAUCAGUUACCUCGACAUCUACUAAGAAGGCUAGUAAAAAGAAAAACGAAUCAACUAUAGAUGAAUUACCUUCAACUCCUCAAUCAUACGAUGAUUUAUCACGAGAUCGUCGUCAAAUUAAGAAGCCUAAGCGAGAAUAUGAAGAACGUAAUGUUGGAAAGCGUUUGCGACUUUCGGAAGCACUGAAGGCUUGUAGCAAUAUUCUGAAAGAUAUUUCUUCUCAGAGAUAUCGGGAUCUCAAUCACUUUUUCUUAAAACCAGUGGAUGUAGUGGCUCUUGGACUUCAUGAUUACUAUGAUGUUGUCAAAAAAGCAAUGGAUCUCAGCACUAUUAAAACAAAACUAGAAAGUGGUCAGUAUCAUACUAAGUAUGAUUUCGCGGAUGAUGUCCGGUUAAUGUUCAACAACUGCUACAAAUAUAAUGGUGAAGAUAGUGAAGUUGCGAGAGUGGGAAAACAACUUCAAGCUAUCUUUGAUGAAAAUUUUGCAAAGGUCCCAGAUGAUGAAUCAGACCAAGCUGCCUCUCCUGAAACUCGUUCAGUUGACCAGAAUGUGUAUCAGCUUAUUCAGAAUGCAAUCAAAGAACAUCAGAAGCUAACGAGCCAAUUUCAGCGUUUUAGUGAAGACUUGCAGAAAAGUGCAGCGAAUUUGAAUUCCAUCUUGUCUUCACUAAGUAUGGCUGUCAGAAAGGCACCGAUUGGUCACAACACGCCCCAUCUUAACUCACUACCACCUGCUCAAACUGUCACCUCAGCAGUUCCGCGCACUACUAUGAAUGACAUGGAUGAUUUAAACUCUACUAAGAGGAGUAGACAAUCUCAGUCAAAAACGAAGUAUCGACAAUCAGGACUCUCUUCUGCAGCCCCCGUUCUCAAUGCACCAAGUGUUCCAGUUAGCAGCGCAGUCAACAUGACCAGCACACAUUCCCAACCUAUACCUGUGACAGGAUACGCUACAGACGAAGAAAUGUCUGAAAACAAUGUUCGACCUAUGACUUACGAUGAAAAACGGCAGUUGAGCCUAGAUAUCAAUAAACUUCCUGGGGAAAAAUUAGGUAGAGUUGUUCAAAUAAUCCAGCAACGUGAACCGUCACAUCGCGAUUGCAAUCCCGAUGAAAUUGAAAUUGACUUCGAAACACUUCAGCACACAACUUUGCGUGAGUUGGAGAAGUAUGUGAAAUCUGUCUUACAAAAGACAAAAUCUGGGAGUCGGAAAUAUGUAAAGAAAGGAGUGAGUGGCUUGCCACCAGGUAAAACACGUGAAGAAUGUAUGAAAGAAAAAACGGAAGAACUAGAAAACCGACUGAGAGAAAUUGGAGGACUUCCACAAGGCGCCCCUGGUUAUCAUAAUGCUCAUAAUCCAAAGAAAGCACAUGGUGCUAACCGUUUAAGUGCAUCCUCAUCCAGCUCAAGUGAUUCGGAAAGUACUUCGGACUCUAGUGAAUCUGAUUCUUCAGAUUCUAAAUCCUACAAGGCAUCGUCGGAUCAUAAACAGACCUAUGACCAGGUAACUACGACUGGGCUGCACAAUUGUUCAAAGUCGGCGACUUCGUUGCCGUCGAAUCCAAGCAUUGUGAAUGUUAAGACACCAGUUAAUCAGUCAUCUGCAGUUUCUGCACAUGAUUCGAUUACAAAUGCUCAAUGUGAUAAUGAUAUCAGUUACGCGAAGUCAUCUGUUGAGCCGAAGACUGAGCAGAAUGAGUCAUCAGAUACGGAGUCUGAGCCGAAUUCUCCUCACCAACUACCUCAACCAGUAUGGGCGAUUUCAGGUUUUUCCAAAAAACCAUCCUCUUCUGACGAUGGUACAUUGAGUAAAUCUGUACCUUCUAGUAGUUGUGUUGUAACGUCUGCAUCUGAAGUGCUGGCUUCCACGGUUGAUAUCUCAAAGCCCAUAAACCUGUUACCUGAGCCUGUUGAGGCGGAUGGUCUUUUGUUGCCGAAUUCCCAACCGUGUAAGAAUGAAGAGAAAGAAAAGCAAGCAGCUGCUCUUCAGAUAAUGCGCGAAGCUCGAAGACAGUCACAGUGGAGCUCUCGAGCAGCCGAAGAGAAAGCCACUCGUGAACGUGAGGAGGCUGAGCGACGUCGUCAUGAGGCUGAACUUGCUCUUGAGGCUGAGCGAAAAAGGGAACAGGAAUUGCGACGUAUCGAAGAGGAGAGGCGCCUUCUUACUGAAGCUCGUAGGCGUGAUGAUAUUGCAAAGCUGAAGACAAUGGUUGGCGCGCCAGAACGUAUAAAUGCUCAUGAAUUACUAACUGAAUUCGAGAAUUCAGUUGAUAUAUCGUCUAUUGAUGCUUGUUUUGCAAUGCGUCACUUCGAAAUCAAUACUUAG